UGAGAAGGCCAUUCCUAUUUAUUCCCCCAAAAAGAUUUGACUUAUAAUUGCAAAUAUGACGCGGCAUAGCCAUUAUUUAUUUUUUAUUGGAUGGUUCCCUACAUAAAAACUUGGUACUUUCCCUGAAUGUAUAAUGAAGAUGCCUGGUUGACCAAAACCAGAAACAGGGUAUAUAAUACUUCCUCUGUUCAUCCUUAACAUUUCUAUCUCAGUCUGUCUACUCAGUAACAAUCAUGCCGAAUCCAAGGGUCUUCUUUGACAUUGCCAUUGGCGGACAAAAUAUCGGCAGAAUCAUCUUCGAGCUCUCUGCAGACACAACUCCCCUGACUGCCGAGAACUUCCGUGCCCUGUGCACCGGGGAGAAGGGGGUGGGAAAUUCCGGUAAGCCCUUGCAUUACAAGGGAUCAAUCUUCCACCGUGUAAUUCCCGGUUUCAUGUGCCAGGGCGGCGACUUCACCGCCGCCAGCGGCACCGGUGGGGAGUCAAUCUAUACGAAGAAGUUCGCCGACGAGAACUUCCUGAAGAAGCAUACCGGGCCGGGUGUGUUAUCCAUGGCGAACUGUGGGCCCAACACCAAUGGAUCCCAGUUCUUCAUUUGCACCGUCAAGACCCCCUGGCUCGACGGCAAAAGCGUGGUGUUCGGCCAUGUGGUGGACGGCAUGGACGUGGUGAAGGCCAUCGAAAAGGUUGGAUCAACCAGUGGGAGGACUUCCAAGCGAGUGGAGAUCGUUGACUGUGGUCAACUUAACAGUAAGAAUCAAGUGGAUGAUCAUGUUUCGCGGCUUCCUGAUUCCGAUCAUCGGAACGAUCACAUUGAUGAUCAUGCUUCGCGGUUUCCUGGUUCCGACCAUCGGAAUGAUUCGGGUUCUCAAAAGAUUUCCGGUGGAAAAUCCGGCAGUACUCCAUCAAUUGGAAUCGACUUGGGCACAACAUACUCUUGUGUGGGUUAUUGGAAACAUAAUCGAGUUGAGAUCAUAACAAACGACCAAGGCAACAGAACAACUCCUUCUUAUGUUGCUUUCACCGAGAAUGAACACCUGAUUGGUGAUGCAGCUUUCAACCAAGUUACCCUGAAUCCGAUCAAUACCGUUUUCGGUAAAUAUUUAAACCCGUGCUAUAAUCUUUCCUUUUCCUUUCAAUUCUUAUUACUUGAUCUGUUGGAAACCCAUUUCAGAUGGAUAUUUCAGUUAAAAGCUUAACAACGAAUCAACUGCAUAUAUGUCUAACCAUUAAAGUUGGAUUUGCUAAUGACUUUUAUCUUAUAUCACCUUCUCUGCGCGUGAAAUUUUGUUAUCAAAUAGAAAUUUGGUUUGACACACCAUUUUCAGCAGAUAAUGAGUUAACUAAUAUUGAUGCCGAAGUCUUUUUGUUUAUAGAUGCGAAGAGGUUAAUUGGUCGGAGAUUUACAGAUGAGACAGUACAAAAUGACAUCAAACUCUGGCCAUUCAAGGUCAUUUCUGAUACUAAUGACUGGCCAAUAAUUGUUGUCACUUACGAACGUGAGGAAAAACAAUUUGCACCAGAGGAAAUCUCAUCCAUGAUCCUGACCAAGAUGAAACAUAUUGCUGAGACCUACAUUGGGUCAGAGGUAAAUGAUGCAGUUGUGACUGUUCCUGCCUAUUUCGAUCAUUCACAGCGUCAUGCCACAAUGAAUGCCGGAAAAAUUGCAGGCCUUAAUGUACUUCGCAUUAUCAACGAACCGACAGCUGCAGCUAUUGCUUAUGGUUUUGACAAGAGUUCAAGCAUCACCGGAAAGAGGAAUGUUCUCAUUUUUGAUCUUGGGGGUGGCACUUUUGAUGUAUCAAUCCUUGCAAUUGAAAGCAGCAAAAUUGAAGUUAAGGGCACUGCCGGUGAUACACAUCUCGGGGGAGAGGAUUUUGACGCCCGAUUGGUGGAUCACUUUAUUAAGGUAUUCAGUAGAAAGCACAAUAAGGAUAUCAAUGGAAAUCCUAAAUCAAUCAGGAGAUUAAGAACGGCUUGUGAAAGGGCCAAAAGGAUCCUUUCUUCUUCUGCCGAGACGCGAAUUGACAUCGACUCCCUGUUUGAAGGCAUUGACUUCUCAGCAACUAUUACCCGACCCAAAUUCGAGGAGCUAAACUCGGAUUUAUUUCUCAAGUGCAUCGGAACAGUUGAAAAGUGUUUGACGGAUUCCCAAAUGAAUAAGAACACUAUAGAUGAUGUUGUCAUGGUAGGCGGUUCGAGCCGAAUCCCAAAAGUUCAACAAAUGUUACAAGACUUGUUAGACGGGAAAAAGGUUUGCAGAGACAUAAAUCCUGAUGAAGCUGUUGCUUAUGGUGCAGCCAUUCAAGCUGCAAUGCUGAGUGGCCAGGAUAACAAGAAGAUGAAGCAGCUUGAGCUUGUGGAAAUUACACCGCUCUCCUUGGGUAUUGAAACCUCAGGCCAAACCAUGGAUGUUGUGAUUCCUAGAAACACCAUCAUCCCUGCCAGAGGAGUUCAUGAAUUAACGACCAUCAUCGAUAACCAGAGUUGCGCGAGAGUCAAAGUGUUCGAAGGCGAGAGAGUAAGAUCAAUAGACAACAAAUUCUUAGGCGAAUUUUUACUUCCGGCCAUUCAAAUGGCCCCUAGGGGUGUCCCAAAAAUCGACAUCUAUUUCGACUUGGAAGCCAAUGGUCUCCUGACCGUAACUGUUAAGGAAGUAGAUACAGGUCAUGAGAAGAGCUUCAAUGUGACAUGUGGAAGAUUAUCCAGAGAUGAAAUUGAUUCUGUGAUCAAGGAAGCUAACAAGAACCAAGUUGAGGACAAAGAGUACAGGAAGAGGUCUGAUGCUCGGAGUGUUUUCGAGAGGUUUACUUGUGAUAUGAGGGAUCAUAUAAACAAAAGUAACAUGUCUUCUGCAGAGAAAAAGAAGGCUGAAGAUGCAACUAAGAAUGCCUUUCAAUGGUUGGACGAAACUCAUGAUCAGCUUGCCGAGGUUCGCGAUUAUGAAGAGAAAACAAAGGAACUAGCGCGCGUUUGUAACCCGGGUAGGCCUUCGCCAUUCCGAAAAUUGAUCAAAUUGAUUGGCCGGAAUCGAGGUCACCAACGGAAGUGAAAUUCCAGCUUCCUGUAUGUACAAGAUAUGGUGUAAUUGAAAUGUGUAACAAGUUGCUCUAAUAUGUAUGGCAUGAAAGAUUGGCAAACUGCUGAUUAAAGGAGGACAAAAAAAAGUUGUUGUACUUAGAAAAGAUAAAUAAAUAAAAGAAGCCCAUGUGGUUUGGACAUUGGUGGCAUGGGAACUUGGUAAACAACCUUUACAAAUUGUGUGAAGAGACAUAAUUCAAGUGGCGCCUGUGGCGUGGUAUUAGGCUUUUUACUUUUUUUUUUAUUUAAUUUCUUCUUUAAUAGUUGUAUUUUCUAAUGUAAAUAAACAGAAUCUAUUUUAUUAAAAUUAAUUUCGUUCAAUUGUAAGGAG